UACGUCUCUCUCUUUCGGUGUCUGUCUUUUGCUUUCUUCGCUUCCUGGGAUUCCGUAGGUACCCCUCUGUGGUGGAAUUGAAAGCGAAGAAGGCAAAGACAUGAAUGAGAAGGCAUCAAUUUCUAAGGAGAUCAAUGCCAGACACACGAAGAUAUUGGAAGGUCUUCUUAGACUCCCUGAGAAUAGGGAAUGUGCAGAUUGCAGGAGCAGGGGCCCUAGAUGGGCGAGCGUUAACCUUGGAAUCUUUAUCUGCAUACAAUGUUCAGGGAUACAUCGGAGUCUUGGAGUGCACAUAUCAAAGGUACGAUCUGCUACAUUGGACACAUGGCUACCAGAGCAGGUUUCUUUUAUGCAAUCCAUGAAUAAUGAGAAGUCAAAUAGUUAUUGGGAAGCCAAACUGCCACCAAAUUAUGACAGAAGUGGGAUUGAGAGCUUUAUUCGUGCAAAGUAUGUGGAGAAAAGAUGGGUUCCCAAAGAUGCAAAACAGUUCACCUCAAAACCAAAGGAAAGCAGCUUCUCUUACAACCUGGGAAUUGAACAUAGAAGUAAUGCUAGCAGUUCCAAGAACUUCACGGAAUCUGCUCCCAUUCCUAUUAAGAAUAUUAAUGUCAGACGAGCAGAGUCAGCAAAUAGACGCCGUUGGGGUUCUGUUGAAUUGCGUGAGAAGGUGACUCCCUUGCCUCCUCCAAAAGGGCUGCCACAAGUGAUAGAACGCAAAUUUGGAAUACCUACUGGAAAGGAAAAAGUUUCUGCUGAUCUCGUCAAUGCACUCUGUUUGGAUGCUGUAAAAGAGAAUAGUUCCAGUGCUUCUCCUUUUGGCUGGCAAACAUUUGAGUCAGUACAAUGCAGGAAUAUCUUGUGACAUUCUAUUAGAUGGACCACUUCUUUGCCAGUGUCUAGAGCUCCAGCAACCCUUUCUUCACACCUUUUUUAUCUAGCACAGUUGUAUGAUAUCUCAUUCUAAAAUGACAAUUCUUUGUCAAGCCACUUUCAGAGACUGAAUGAACAUGAGUUCUUCUUAGUAUCUACAGUUGCAAUUUAGUUGAGACUGAGAUCAGGCGGUUAUGAAACCCACAUUUUUUAAUCUAAAAAUUGGUAAAUGAAUAUUCAUUUUGUCUCAACCGAUUUAUUAUUUGCUGAUUUAAUUACUUAGCUCUACUCUUAA